UUUCUAAGAUCAGUUGUAUUCAUGUUCGUACAGGAUUGUGUACACCCCCAGCUAGUUCUACCCUGCUGUACUCGUCGCGUGUUGGUGACGUAGCCUCAGACCCUAGCCGUGACAUUGCGGGAGCGUGGAGCGGGGGGAAAGGGCAGCUAUGACACUGGUGAAGGGAAUCGGUUUGCUUCUCACGCAGGCGUCUGGAAAAUUACAGCAGAGUGCUUUCAGUCUCUCUGCAACCUGUGCUGCUAUUCAGAAGAUGACUUGCGUGCGCGUGGUGGACAACAGCCCGCUGGGGAACACUCCCUAUCACCGGCCCCCGAGGUGCAUUCAUGUCUACAACAAAUCCGGUGUUGGCAAAGUGGGGGACAAGAUCCUUCUCGCCAUCAAAGGGCAGAAGAAGAAAGCGGUCAUUGUCGGCCACAAGAUGCCGGGGUCACGGAUGACCCCCCGUUUCGAUUCCAACAAUGUGGUUCUGAUCGAAGACAACGGGAACCCGACCGGAACCAGAAUCAAGGUGCCUCUGCCCACACACCUGCGCCAGCUUGAAGGAGAGUACUCCAAAGUAUUGGCCAUUGCCAACAAGUUUGUGUGAUAAACUGGCUGAUUGCCGAUUUACUAUGACUUAGAAGCACUGUUUGGUAAGGGAGAGGCUGAACGACUCUCGGAUCUUUGAAUAAAAAUAAAAACCAGGAAACUUUCUGGGCUAUGGACUCUUCUCAAUCAAGCCAAGGAAUUAAGCUUCAUCAGAUUGAGUGGAACUUUUUAAGUGUUGUAGAGCUAAACAGGAGCUCACUACAUGUGAAAUAUUGAUGGAAUCAUGACUUUUAUAAAAUAAGGGAAAGCUU